UUUAUCCGGUUUAUCCGGCACAUCAGCCCAAUAUAAAGUCUGUGGUGGCCGCUUCAUCGUCUCGGCAUCUUCAACACAUCUCUUCAUACUCUACUGCAAUAACAAUUUAAAAAAUGGCAGACCCUGCAAGCACUGGAAACCCUGAAUUCAUCCAAGCCGCCGAGGACGUCAAGAACCUUUCCUACAAACCCAGCAACGACGAACUUCUCCGCCUCUACGCUCUCUUCAAGCAGUCUAUUGUUGGUGACAAUGAAACUACCAAGCCUGGCAUGUUUGACCUCCAAGGAAAGGCAAAGUGGGAUGCCUGGACCAAGUUGAAGGGUACGUCCAAGGAGGAGGCUCAGAAGCAGUACGUGGCGCUUGUGAAAGAGCUCCAAGGAAAGCAGUAGAGUCAGUAUAGGCUGUGUAGAAUAAGUACUGGGACGGCGUAUGUAGCGGCUACUUGCAAUUGUGCAUAUGAGUCAAAUCAAAUUGGUGGCUGUUCCACCCAAGAAACGAGUUAUCCAGCCAUCUGAAUCAUUGUCCUGUCA